AUGCAUACAAUACACUACAGGCCGCACAACUUCUUCGUGUCGCGAAACGGCAAACAAGUGCAAGUGGGCGAGACGAGGACGCAAGCCGGCCAGAUGAUGCCAUUGACAGCCAGCAAGCCUGAUGACGGCCCGGAGCCUGUCUCUCCUGCCAACAUUGGCUUUCUUGGUGCUCGUGGCUGGAGUUUGCCGCUGCUCAUGGGUGCCGUGUCCAAGCCCGAGUUACGGGUUCAUGUCUACGAUGAUGCCUCUGACCUGGUGCCGAGGCUGGCAGAGCUGGGCGCCAUCACAAAAGACAGUCUCGUCAAGGUGGCAAGGCACUGCCAAACCAUUGUGUGCGCAACGUCCGAUAUCAAGGAGCUAGAGAGCCAUCUGUUUUGCUCGCAGAGCGGCAUAUUACCAGCACUUCCAAAACAUUCCAUUGUCCUGCUUUCCCCCAGCAGCCCGCCGUCGUACUAUCCGUACCUGCUCCGAAGAAUAGCAGACGAGGGCAGGCCUGACGUCUCGCUUUUAGAUGCCGCCUGUCUCGCCAAGUCAUCACAUGGUAAUCACCACGGGCGCAACGUCCUUGUUCUGUCAGGACCCGCCGGGGCUCUUGCAGAAGCAAAUGAAACGCUUCGCGGUAUUCCGGUCCAGAUAUGGCCGAUCCCCGGAGGGCUUGGCCAGGCCUCCAAAGUGGAAAUGGUUAACCAACUCUUGACCGGCUUGCAUGCGGCUGCAGCGGCCGAGGCCAUGGGAUUGGCGGCCAAGGCUGGACAGAAUACGCAGGUUACCUUUGAUAUCAUAAGCAACGCAGCUGGAACUUCAUCGGCGUUUGAGUCGCGUGUUCCGCACAUGCUGUCGGGAGAUUGGAAGUCUCAAGCUAGCACUUGGCAGCGAACCCUCGACAGCCUUAAAUCUGCCAUUUCAACGGCGCGAAAACUUCAUUUUCCCUUGCCCCUGACUGCCACCGUAGAGCAGUUAUUCAUAUCCGGUGUAUCGCAAGGCCUUGGCAAUGAUGGCGACGGCGCACUGGUUCGUGCCUACUUGCCCGAAUGUCCCGACCUCGUCAAGGACAAGGCCGGCCAACGCAGCGUGAAUACGUCGUCGCAUGCUCCGUGCUGCAGGGCUGGUGACGUUUCCAAGAUAGGCUUCGUUGGCCUGGGGGCCAUGGGCCAAGGCAUGGCCGCGUCGUUGAUCCGGGCCGGCUUUGUCGUCCAGGGCUACGAUGUUCACUCUCCUGCAGUAGAGGCAUUCGCCAGCCUGGGCCCAGGUGCCAUGUCAGCAGGUUCCCCGGGAGAAGCAAUUAGUGGAUCGGACGCGGUCCUGCUGAUGGUGCAAAAUGCGAGCCAGAUUGACGACGUGCUCUUCGGAAGCUGCCGAGGCGCGGCUGCUUUGUCCAGCGGUUCGGUGGUCAUUGUCAGCUCAACGGUUCCACCAGAACAUGUCCGGAAUGUCAAUUUGAGACUGAAGGAGAUGGGCAAAGGCGUUCUGUUGGUGGAUGCCCCGGUCAGUGGAGGUGUAGCUCGGGCUGCCAACGGCACCUUGACGAUUAUCUGCUCUGGGGAGAAUGAGGGCAUUUCCAAAGCUCGAGGGGUCCUCCUGGCCAUGACGGGGGGAGAGAAGAAUUUAUGCCAGGUCGAGGGCGGCAUUGGUAUGGCCUCAUCGGUGAAGCUCAUCAACCAGCUGCUCGCAGGAGUCCACAUUGCUGCGGCUGCUGAAGCCAUGGCGUUUGCUGCUCGUCUUGAUCUUGACACCCAAAUAGUAUUUGACAUUUUCAAGGCGUCCUCGGCGUGGAGUUGGAUGUUUGAAAAUAGAGUUCCCCAGAUGUUGAACGGUGAUUGGACCCCGCAUUCCGCUUUAGCCAUUUUCGUCAAAGAUCUCGGGAUAGUUCUUGAUGAAGCCGCGCGGUUGAACUACUAUGCGCCCAUCUCCUCUGCCGCACACACCUUGUAUCUGGCCGGCGCAGGCCACGGCUGGACAAAUGAAUCCGACUCGGGCGUAGUAAGGCUGUGGGAAAUGCUAGGGCCAUCAGUCAAGAGCAAGGCCGACGAGAAAUUGGACAAGCCGAACAGCCAGGGUGUUGAAGACCAAGCCAAGAGGACGUCCAUCAUGAACCCCGGUUCUGACAACCGCAAAGGGCCACAGCGCCUCCCUGCUGCUCCUACUCUUGCAUCACUGCCGCCCGAAUACCCCCACGACGUCCUCAGUUCCAUCCAGGGGGUGGUGGGCAGCGAUCAAGUUCCUACGCUGGUAAUAUUGGACGAUGACCCCACAGGCACGCAGACUUGUCACGAUAUUGACGUCUUGACCGUGUGGGAUUCGGAGACGCUGGAUUCCGAGUUCCGUCUUGACCCCCGCGGUUUCUUCAUCUUGACCAACUCGCGAGCACUCCCAUCCGCAGCAGCUCGCGAGUUGAUCCAAGAAAUCUGCGCAAACGUGGCACAAGCAGCGAAAAGAGCCGGCAAGGCCUUCGAAAUCGUCCUUCGAGGGGACUCCACCUUGCGAGGCCAUCUUCCCGAGGAGCCCGAGGCAGCAGAGGCCGCCCUUGGUGCGUUUGACGGCUGGAUAAUUUCUCCAUUUUUCGCCCAGGGCGGCAGAUACACUAUUGAUGACGUGCACUACGUGAAAGAAGGGGAUACCCUGGUGCCCGCCAGCCAGACGCAGUUUGCUGCCGAUGCUACUUUUGGAUAUCAAAACUCCAAUUUGCGGCAAUACAUUCUCGAAAAGUGCGGCCCGCGCUUCAACAAUGAUUCCUUCCUCAGCAUCACCUUGCAAGACAUCCGAGAGGGGGGGCCCAAAGCCGUGACGGAGAAGCUGCUCUCUGUGGGCCCGGACUCCAACAGAGUCAUCAUUGUGAAUGCCGUCGCCGAGUCAGAUAUGCAUGUAUUCGUCGCCGGCCUCUUGGAGGCGGAGAAAGGGGGCAGGCGAUAUCUCUACCGAACAGGGGCGGCCUUUGUCUCGUCGAGACUUGGCAUCAAGGGCAUCCCGCCACUCACCAUGAAAGACCUGGGGGUGUUUUCGGGUGCUGGCGAAAGACGUCCCGGCGGACUGGUCAUUGCCGGAUCAUAUGUCCCAAAGACGACAGUGCAGUUGGAAGCCCUGACACAACGGCUCAAAGCUAAGCUGCAGGUGGUGGAACUCAAGGUGCCAGACUUGAUUGCCUCGGAAGAUGCUGCCGAGAGCAUCGUCAGGGCAGCAGCGCAGGCUGUCUCCAUGAAGCUUUACGCCGGACACGACGUUCUCGUCAUGACAUCAAGAGCGCUCAUAAAAGGCCAUGAUGGCCUUAGUUCUUUGAACAUUGGGUCUAAAGUUGCCAAUGCUCUCGUGCAAUUGCUGGGGCUGGUUGACGUCCACCCGAGGUACAUUAUCGCCAAGGGUGGCAUUACUUCAUCUGACACUGCCACAAAAGGCCUCAAAAUGAAGCGCGCCAGGGUUUUGGGCCAAGCAGCUCCUGGCGUGCCACUAUGGCGAUGCGAUGAGGAAACAAGCCGACAUCGGGGCGUCCCGUUUGUCGUUUUCCCUGGAAAUGUCGGCAAUGAGGACGCCUUGGCAGAUCUCGUGGAAGCAUGGGCAAUGCCAGAGGAGGCAUCAUAA